UCUAUAAAGAAAGUCAGAUAUCUCAUCGAUCAACAAUAUAAACAAUAUAGCAGGCUGUAUCUUUAACCAAAAACGACAAUAAUAAUGAGAUGAGGUGCACGUGAACUUUCCCGCCUCUGCCUCAUGAGGUCGAAUACGAACCCUAAGUCAGUGCGAUUCUGUGAAAAAGAGUGGGACAAGUUGUUAUCUGGAGGUCAGGAGGAAACUCAAAAUGGCCAGAAGUACAGCAACAGUACCGGCCAGUCACGGACAUCUCAGCCUUCCAGUGUGGCCACGUCCAGCACCCACAGCAAUGUCCAAGGGGAUCACAUGAACCUCAAUCACCAACCACCCAUUAAACUUACAGAGUUUGAACAAAUGAAAUUAGCUGCAGAGGAACCUCCAAAUGAUGGCAAGAAGUCCAACAUAAAGAGGAGGAUUCUGAAGGUGAUAGUCACCAGCAUGUUCAUAUUAAUGGCUGUUGGAGUCAUAGUCAUUUGGAGUCUUCAUGAUGCAAGUGGAAAAGACUACUCUGAUCUUCAAUUUGAAAUUGAUGGAGAGUUUUUGACAUUGGUUGGUAAACGUUUAGAAGAAGUGACCAUAACAGGACACUUAGGUGGAGACAUAUUCAUGGGACGUAAUACGGAAAAAUGUCCCGAUCGUGAUAAAAACAAAAAGGGACGAUGCAUAUCGUGGGAUGAUGGCAACAUGGUUGACAUAACACCGUUUAGUAUUGAUGAUAUAGUAUGCUAUAAUGUGUCCUGGGUGAACCCUGUAAAUGUGUACCCACAGGACUGCUAUGAAAUGGACACUGGUCAUUGGUAUAACAUGCUGCCUGGACCUUGGCCAAUCACUGCACACAGGAAAAUGGCACUUAGUAGGUUUGGCCAUAAUGAAGAGAAUGGCAUGGAUAUUGUAGAAUAUUACUUUCUUUCAUCGGAAGGUACUGCCAUUUACCUUCCAGGAAAUGGGCCAUAUCAGUUCAGCUGGAAUGAAAGUAGCAGUCAGAAGAUGUGUAUAUCUCCUGCACUGAAUGGGAUGGAGGAGAGAAAGAAUCUCAAUUAUUUUACCUGUCAGGGUUAUGAUGUUAAAGCCACACAUUUGGCAGUGAGUAAGAGGUUCCACCUGGAGGCACAACGUAAUCUAUCUGACCAGGUCAAGUAUACAGAUAACUUCCUGUGGUCAGCUGAAAUAAAAGACUCGCAAGACUCUUAUGGUGAUCAACUCCGGACUUUUAAAAACUUUCUUGAUUCAUCAAAUUUUGAAUGUAAUGUUUUGGAACUGGAAUCCCAUUGGCAAGAGGACCUAGGUGAUCUUAAAUUUGAUAAAUCAAUAUCUCCAGAUUUUAGUUCAGCUAUGUCUUUGCUUUCCACAUCUUGUGAUUUUAUGUUGAAUCUCAGUCCACUCUGCUCUUUGAAUUCACCUUCUUUCAGUAUUGGAAUAAAGAACAAUUACUUUUUGAUUGACACGUUAUCAUUGGGUGCAAAAGUGCUCACACACAGUAAUACUCAGGUGGCCGUCUGGGACAUCAACAAUGAUGAAUUCUCGGCCUGGUUCUCUGAUGCAAUUUCAAAUAUUUCUACAACAUAUGGUGUGAGAAAUUUCAAAUUUUCUCCAUUACCUCAGAUGUUUCUUGUGAGACAUUCCAAUGGUUCUGAUCUGUUAGACGAAGCAGUUUACGGAAAGUGGAUUGAUUUGUUGAACAUUGUGAGUGAAAAACUUGUCACAAAGGGAAUGUUCAGAUCGCAAGAUAAACAUGCAUUCCUAGAAGUGUCGGUUGACUUUGUGAUGAAUGAAAACAAUGCAAGCUGUGUUACAGAAACGCUGUCUGAAGCACUGACUUUGGGUCUUUAUGGCUACCCAUAUGUCUUAUCUUCUGCUAAAGGCAAUAUCAAUUUAAACAAUGACACAACUGAUUCCUUUAUUAGGUGGCUUCAAUUAUCGGUCUUCUUCCCAGCAAUAAAAAUUCCAUCAGACAUACAAUUCUUCAGAGAAGAUGUUAUCACAUAUGCUCAAAAUCUCUCUCAAUUUAGACAAGAAUUUGUUGUACCAAUCCUGGAACAGUUACGAACACAGGUAACAGAGGUAAUCCCAUUCCUCCGACCCAUUUGGUGGUUGGAUCCAAUGGAUAAAGAUACAUUCAGCAUAGGAGAUGAGUUCCUUUUAGGAGACAAGGUCUUGGUGGCCCCUGUGUUGUGUUCUGGAGUCAGGAAAAGAAACAUUUACCUGCCAAAGGGCAGUUGGCUGGACCCUAUGCAUGGGAUGGAGUACCCUGGGGGAGAGUGGCUAACUGAUUUCCCUGUAAACCAGUUCCAUAUCCCCUACUUUGUGUUGCAGGAAAACAACGAAUCUGAGUAGAUUAUUCAGAAUCAUUUAGAAUCUGAACAAACUUAAAUCUAUCAUUUGUUAUAAUUACAGAAUGUUCUGUGUUGCUUCAAUUCCUCUCUGGGGGGAAAAAAGAAAGAGGAUUCUUUAAACAAAAAAAAAGAACAAAAAAAUAUUAUAUGGUUUAUUAGAUUUUGCAAAAUUGGUCAAAACAGUUUAUAAAUUCAGGUCACA